AUGGCAUCCCCACUCAUCGCCAUUGAAGACGACGACGUCGCGCUGCUGAAGCUCAGCCAGCUAUGUCUUCCUCCUUGGGACGACCGUGUCGCGACCCGUACGCUCCGCCCGGAAAGACCAGAAUACGCGAUGACGCUCCAACUUCCGCCCAGUGCAAAGUGGGACCGAUCCGUGGCGGCCAUACUAUACGUCAUGGAGUGCAAUGGUGAUGCUUUGGGAAUGGAGUCGAAUAUCGAGUCCACGGCAGUAAUCGACACCUUCGUCAGUAAAACCGGUACUGGAAUCUCGGCUUUUUCGCACCCCUAUUCGAGCAAAUGCUUCUUGUGGACUAUGGCAUCGGAACCUUUCCAGUACAUGCCCGUCCCCGGGCGGAAGACGGCGAGCAGUGGAAGUCUCGACGGGACCGCCAUCUGCGGAACAUGUCAGGGCUAUCUCAACGCUACUCUUUUCACGAACUGCAGGAAAGACCACGCCGACUUCGCCUUGAUGCUCUAUUACUACCAUACGCACCGCCAGACCCUGGAGCCUGCGGAUUACAGAGACGGCAUGACGGGGUAUACAGGUGUCCUGCAGGAGAUAAUUUCGCAAGUCCCCCUGCGAGGCAACGACGAGCUCGCACGAAAGCUCUCCGUCGACGUCAACGAGCUCAUCCCGAAGGUCGUGCGUGACGCUGGCAAAAGGGCGAGAAUGAUCGCCAUGGCUGAAGACAUUGCCGAUCGGUUCGGAAUACCUCUUCGAGCCACUGAGAACUGCGUCCUCCCCAAGCCUGUUUUCGACACGACGCACCAAUAUGGCCUGGCGGUGAAGAAGAGGACUGGCUGGAUAGGGCGAAUAUGUAGCUGGUUUUCUGAGCCCUCGGGGCCGGCAGUCACGGAGAAUGUCCAGGCACUCUGA